AUGAAGCUGUGGUUGCCACGGCAUUGGAAUUUUGGUUGUGACGAAAAGAGCCAACAUUGCCGCCAAGGCGGACAUUUUGCUUGUUCGCAAGUGCUAGCUCAAGCUCUUCGGGGUCCGCUUGCAAGACCGCGGACAGCACCCUACUUCAUUUGUAAGCCGUGUUGCCGCUACGGACUGUGCAUAUGUGGAGUCUUCGGUGUUAUUGUUUGGGACACCCAUCAGAAUUGGCUGUUCACUCCAGGGGUCGUCCCGCACGAUCACAGCUAUCAAUCUUGCGGUAUUAUGUACGUAGUAUGGCUCAUACUCAAUCAUAUUAAGUUCGGGCCCUCCUUACGUCUCCAUGGAAGUCUCUGCAACCAGGGUACAGGCUCAGGGAGCAUUCGUCAUUGCCACAAGCUAGCGGAGGAAGAAGCCCCUAAUCCCGAGGCAUCGAAAGAGCUUCAUCUGCGGGCUAACGAUGGCGGCAGGCGGCGCAAAUCACAGCCCAACGGACCAAACCCACCACUAGGAGGCUGUAUCCAGGCUCCCACCUACCGGCGGCAGAGCGGGAAUGGAUGCUAG